CAUAUGUUAAAAUUACCUAACAAAAUUUGACAACACACGCGAAUAGAAUAGAAUUAGUAAACUGGAAAGGAAAAGGAAAUAAACCCGGCCGGAAUUAGCUGAAAAUGCAUACGGAUCUAUCCGCCCACCUGCACACGCCCGCUUGCAACAAGUUGAUCGAGGAACUCCAAGCCUGCCACGAAAAUAACGCCUUCGCCAAAUUUGUGGGCGUGUGCAAUUCUAUUGACGAUAAGGUGGUAAAGUGUCUAAAAGGCGAACGUAUUGCCCGAUCGGCCGCAAAUCGCGCUAGAGCCCGCGAACGUCAGGCGAAAUACAAGGAAAAGCUGCUCCAGGGUGAGAGUAACUAGCAGGAUCUUCAUCCUACCAAC